AGGAGGCUGGUCCUCUCUCGGAGCUCCUACUUGCAGCUCCCAGCAGCUUCCUGCUCACCGCCGCUGUCCUGACAAACGGCUCAUUCUCAUCACUGAUCAUGUGCCUUGCUCUCUGGCUGUACUACAGGAAGUUGAACUUGCUGCGUUUCUUCCCUCGCUCGUUUUGACAGCCUUGUUUCCUCCUCCUCCUCCUCCUCUCUCUCUCUUUUUUUUUUUUUUUUUUGCCGCGGCUCUCUUCUCUCUUUGGCCGGGUGUGAGAGAGUGAGAGAGCCGACAAGCUGGCUCUGUGAAGCUGCAGGAACCGGCGGUGUACACCCCCUGCUGCGCCCCCGGAUAGAGAGAGCAGGUCAUGGAAGCUCUGGCGGAGAAGAAGGCGCACUCGGCGUCGGACGAGCCGCAGCCUCUGCCUACUUUGAGCCCGGCCGUGCCACCCUACGUCACUUUGGGCCUGACGGUGGUCUACACCGUCUUCUACUCCCUCCUCUUCAUCUUCAUUUACAUCCAGCUCUGGCUGGUCCUGCGGUACCGACACAAGCGCUUCAGCUACCAGACUGUGUUCCUGUUCCUGUGCCUGCUGUGGUCGGCGCUGCGCACCGUGCUUUUCUCCUUCUACUUCAGGAACUUUGUCACAGCCAACACUCUCGGGCCCUUUCCCUUUUGGCUGCUCUACUGCUUCCCUGUCUGCCUGCAGUUCUUCACACUCAGUCUCAUGAACCUUUACUUUGCACAGGUUGUUUUUAAGGCAAAGUCGAAAUACGCACCGGAGCUUUUGAGGUACAGGCUGCCACUGUACCUCGUCUUCCUGCUCAUCAGCCUGGUGUUUUUAGUUGUCAAUUUGGUGUGUGCCCUGCUGGUGAGGAUGUCCUCCGCAGAAGCCCACACCAUCGUGCUAGUGAGGGUCACGAUCAACGACACGCUUUUCGUCCUGUGCGCCAUCUCGCUGGCAUUGUGUCUUUACAAGAUCGCCAAGAUGUCACUGGCCAACAUUUACCUGGAGUCCAAGGGGACGUCGGUGUGCCAGGUGACGGUUAUAGGAGCCAUCGUCAUCCUUCUGUACGCAUCCAGGGCCUGCUACAAUCUGGUGGUACUGGCACUCUCAAACAAGUGUAUUAACUCCUUUGACUAUGACUGGUACAACGUUUCAGACCAGGCAGAUCUACAGUCAACUCUGGGCGACACUGGCUACAUCGUCUUUGGAGUGAUCUUGUUUGUGUGGGAGCUGCUCCCCACGUCUCUUGUCGUUUUCUUCUUCAGAGUUCGACAGCCUAACCUGGACAGGAGCGGCACUGGGCUUCCUGGUCACGUGUUCUCCUCUAGGGCCUAUUUCUUCGACAACCCGCGGCGAUACGACAGUGACGAUGACCUAGCGUGGAGCGUCAUGCCUCAAAACAUCCAAGCCAGUCUGGCUGCCGACAGUUACGAAUGGGGAAGCCAAAGCAGUGGCAUCGGCGCCUACAUCGGAGGAGAGGACAGUUACAGCUUCACUCCUCCUCCAGAGGAGCUCAACCACUACUGACUGGAGUUCAUAAUGACUCCUGCUGACCUGUGGCAUUGUUUUGCAUUUGUAUAGUUUUGCACACUGACUAAAGGCACAUCAGGACCAAAGUGCCCUCGACUUCAAACAUCCAGUUUUCUAUUUUGUCUAAAGAACUAACAGACAUUUGUUGCCAGUAAAUAAAGACCCAGUAAAGGGACAUUAUUUUGCACACUCCUUGGACAGAGAUUGAUCUGCUCAUAAAAGUUUAUAUUGAAUACUACUUAAUAUAUUUCCUGACCUCUGUAAUAUGUACUGUAUUGCUGUUUUAUGUAACUGUCUAUGAAUACAUUUCCCUUUUUUCAUACAAUUUGUUUAUAUAGAAAAGA